GGAUUACCCAUCAUAAACUACAAGCAAUAGCGAUAUACCCAUACAGUAGAAUAGAUAAUAUACAAUUUAGACUGUUUAGAGGGGACAGUCACCGAAUACUUUCAUCAGUAACUACAUAACUUAACAUCAUGAAACAUAAGGACAAGAUCAAGACUGCAACUAGUAAUGUUAAUGUGAAUCAUCAUCCAUUCAUUCAUCUUCAUACGACUCAUCAGAAGCAAAGAUCAUAUAUGAUAAUUGGUUUAAUAGGUAUAAUUUCUGUAGUAGGUUAUAUAUUGGUGGGUAGACUACUCUUACCCACUCAAACAUGGGGAUCAUUUACAACUGCAUCUCCAACAUUACCAUUACCUAAAUUACCAGAAUUACCAAUACUUAAUCAAAAUCAUGAUAUUACUAUAGAUCCAAAAACUAUACUUAGAGAUAGUCAAACUUUUACAUUAAGACAUAUAUAUCAUCAUGGAACUGGACCUAAAAGUCAUAAGAUUCAUCGUAGACUAGACAUUACCCCACAAUAUUUAGCUAAACAUUCACAAUACUUUACUAAUCUUGUUCUGACUUUAAGUGAUGAGUCAAAUGAUUUAAAUACUCAUAUAUUAGCUGAAGAUGAUAAAUCACUUGAUCUUGAACAAGUAUAUCAACAAUUGGAUUGGCCCAAAAUACAUAAGGGGAAAAAUCCAUUCACUAUUGAAUUACCAAUAAAGAAAUCAACUAAAAAGUCUAAUGUUACCAGAUUAAAGGAAAGACAUACUCCUAAUUUUAUUGAUUCGUAUUUGAAUUAUGCAUAUGAAGUUAAGGGGAAUCCACAAAUUCUUAAUCGGAUAAAUCUUGAAUGGGAAAAUGGAAUUGAAAUUGAUGCUCCUGAUAUUAGAGAUCGUAAUACUCUUGUUUCACUUGCAACUAUUUCAUCAAAUGCAUAUGUUCGAUUCCCUAAAGAUGAUAAUGAAAAGAAUCAACUGGAUUGGAUUGAUGUAGGAGAUUAUAAUCCUGAUUUAGAUGAUGGAGAUAUUAAUUUUGGUUGGGAUGAUCUUGGAUUAAGAGGUCAUAUAUUUGUUAGUAAUGAUAAUAAAACUGUUGUUAUAGGUAUUAAAGGAACUUCAGGAGCUGGUUUACCAGGUGGAGGUAGUGAUGAAACUAGUGGGAAUGAUAAAGUUAAUGAUAAUCUUUUAUUUAGUUGUUGUUGCGCAAGAGUUGGAUAUAUGUGGACUACAGUAUGUGAUUGUUAUGAAAAGACAUAUACAUGUAAUCAAGAUUGUUUAGAAAAAGAAUUACUAAAGGAAGAUAAAUAUUAUCAAGCAGCAUUAGAUUUAUAUCGUAAUGUGACUUCAUUAUAUGAUCCAAAUGAAGUUAAUAUAUGGGUUACUGGACAUUCAUUAGGAGGAGCCAUGGGAUCAUUAUUAGGUAGAACUUUUGGAUUACCAGUAGUAGCAUUUGAAGCACCAGGAGAAAUGUUAGCCACAAGAAGAUUACAUUUACCUCUGCCACCAGGUAUACCCAAACAUUUAGAACAUAUUUGGCAUAUUGGUAAUACUGCAGAUCCUAUUUAUAUGGGAGUUUGUAAUGGAGCAUCAUCUACAUGUAAUGUUGCUGGAUAUGCUAUGGAAACAGCUUGUCAUACAGGAUUUCAAUGUGUUUAUGAUGUUGUAGGUGAUAAAGGUUGGAGAGUAAAUGUAUUAAAUCAUCGGAUUCAUACUGUUAUUGAUGAUAUAAUUUUAGAUUAUAAUGAAACAGCUCCAUGUGUUGAACAACCACCAUGUAGGGAUUGUUUUAAUUGGAGAUUUGUGAGUCAUGAUGAUAAUGAAGGUGAUGAACCUUCUAUGCCUAAUCCAUUACGUCCCAAGCCACCUAAAUCACAUUCAUCAUCACAAGGCAGCAUUAGUUCAUCUACAACUACCCUCAGUAACUCUAAGAGUAAAACUACAAGUACAACAUCAACAGUAACUUCAUCUUCUAGUGGUACAUCUACUGCCGAACCCACAGGAACACCUCAAAAGUGUUUAGAAAGGACUUGGUAUGGGUGGUGCUUAAAAUGGGGCGAUGAUGAUGAAGAUCUUGAUGAUGAU